UAAGAAUUUACGGAUUCCCAGCGGGCACAGGACGUCCUAGGACGUUCAUAGGACGUACUAAGUUCGUCCGUUCGUCCACGUCUAAAAAGGACCAAUUUAGACGUCCAUAGGACGUCCUAAUUUCGUCCGCUCGUCCAAGUCUAAAAUGGACCUGUUUAGACGUCCAAAACAGGUCGACAGAACCAUGUGUUUUUAAAGUUUAGCGCUACUCUUCAAAACUCAAAUCAUCUUCUUCAAGUUAUAUUAUUAAAUUUUACUCCUAGUAUAAUAUAAUGGAUUCAAGUUUUAGAUCAACAAAAAGAAAAACUGUUUCUAUCGAUAAGAAAAAACAAAGAUUGUACAGUACUGUUGCAAUUAAAGAAGAUGGUAUUGACACUAAGACAGUAGUGCCUAUUCACUGGGUCAAUGCAGACGAAGGUAUAGUAUACUAUCCCCCUCGAGGUAAAAAACCUGUGGGUGUUUAUCUAUCUGAAUGGGCUAGUCUAGAACCUGGCUGGCAAGAGUUUAUAUUAUUAGAAUAUAUUUUGGAGUCUGGGAGUUAUGAAACAUGUCAGGCAAUGCUAAACUUUUUAACUGAAGAUGAAAAUGAUGAUCGCCCUGUUUCAAAUAUGCUCCACCCAAAGGAACGAGUUCCUAGUCCAAAUUUGCAUGCUUUAAGUUGCACAACAUCUGGUUCUUCAUCACCAAAUCAAUUGGAUGUGCCACUAUUAUCUCCAUGGAAAAGAAGUAAAAGUAAAAUGGGGUGUGUAGUACAGUUAAGAUCGAAUGAAGACUCACAACAAUCGGAUUUAGAAUCAUAUCAUUUUACUAAAAGUUCUACAUCUUUCAAGAUUGGUGAUGGUGGUGUUUCAUUUAAGGAGAUGACAAACAAACAGUUUCAGUAUGCAAUGCUAAUGAAACUAGAUUCAUUGCAGCAAAAUCAAGUUAAAAUUAUGGAGCGAUUAGAGAACCUGGAAACACAUCCAAAAAGUGACACUAUUGAUUUGGGUGCCAUAAUUGCAAUCCCACACAGAGAUAUUGGGUGUUUUAAUAAUGAAGAAGAAAAUCUUAGAGCAAGUUCUAGCGCUAGGAAAAACAAGAUCACUCAAAUCAAAGCUGUUGGUGGUGCAACAGCCCGCAAAACUGUCAAAAAUGUUUUAAACCAGUUGAUGGUGCCACAAGUCCAAAACUUAUUUAGUAAAGAUGGAUUGAAAGGCAAGCUUAAGUUUACAGCUACGCAACAUUACAAUUGUAUUAAAGAAGGCUUAGUAUCCGAAAGAACUGGUUAUGAUGCCGCAACUAUCGAAGCCCUUGUUGGAGAUUUAUUGAAGCGGGCAUUGCCGAAAGUGAAAACAAUUAGCAAUGUUGACGUUCACGAAGAAGAAGCAACAUAAAAUUGUUUCUUUGUAUAUAGAUUAUUUUUAAAAGUAAAUGAAUUUUACACA